AUGUGGAACAUAAAAUUGCCUGGGACUCAGAUCAAUGGUGUUUCUGGCAUUGCUUGGCAUCUGGAGAACACUGUGCUAGCACUGGGACUGACUCUUUCUCCUUGUAUCCCAUGCUGUCAUUGCCGUCUCCUGGGAGGAGAUGGUACUGGAGCUGAUAAUGACCUUUAUAUAAACCAAGCUAUUGUAUUUAUUGAAGAUGCAAUACAGUAUCGAUCUAUAAAUCACCGUGUGGACUCCAAAUCCCUGUGGCUUUAUCGAUGGUACUACUCAAGAACUUGCCAGUGGAUUUUGAGUUUAACCAUUACUAUAAUCCUGGCUUUGGCUUUCAUUGAAAAGCCUUCUUCGCUUACUGUCACGUCAGAUGUACGAUACCGCCUUCCUGCGUGGAAUCCUCCAUGUGGCCUAACAGAAAGCAUUGAGCUGCUUUGCUUUCUUGUGUUCGUGGUUGAUGUAUCUGUGAAGAGUUACUUAAUUGGAUGGGAAGAAUUUUGGAAAAAUAAAUGGCUUAUGGCUUAUAUACUGACAUUAAUUGUUUCCCUUACUGAUUGGAUUGUAUCACUGAGUUUUUUCUGCACAGAGAAUGUGAGAAUAAGAAGAAUUCUUCGUCCUUUCUUUCUCCUUCAGAAUUCUUCUAUGAUGAAGAAAACAUUAAAAAGUAUCAACAGCACGUUGCCUGAAAUGGCAAGUGUUGUUCUAUUACUAGCUGUUCAUCUGUCUCUCUUCACCAUGUUUGCCAUGCUGCUGUUUGCUCGAACAAAGGAUGGCCAGCAGGAUAAGGAGUGGGUGGUGUAUUUCCGAAAUUUGCCAGAAUCACUGACAUCACUGCUGGUCCUGCUAACUACUGCAAAUAAUCCUGAUGUGAUGAUUCCUGCAUAUUCUAAGAAUCGAGCAUACUCAAUCUUCUUCAUACUCUUCACUGUAUUAGGCAACUUGUUUCUGAUGAACUUGCUUACAGCAAUAAUAUACAACCAGUUUCGAGGAUACCUUCUGAAAUCGGUUCAGUCCUCCCUCUUCAGGAGGCGACUGGGAAUCCGGGCUGCGUUUGAAGUGCUUUCUUCCCUGAAAGAGACUCCUGCUAAUGCACAACAGUCGUAUGUCAGCAUUGGGGCCUUACUACGAGUGCUGCAGAAAGUUGACAUGGAUUUUCGCUGCAAGCAAGCCAUCAUGAGAUCACUCACAACGUGCUCCUGUGACCAACUGUCAGCUGUCCAGUUUCAGAAGCUCUUUGAAGAACUAGACAAAGAUGCCAUUAGGCAACAUCCUCCCAGUCCAGAGUACCAAUCCCAUUUUAUGCAGAAAAUGCAGUUUGCCUUUGGCCAUCCCUACUUUGGCUAUGUGGGGAAUGUCGUAGCCCUUGCAAACAUUGUUUCUAUCUGUGUGGUUUUGGUGAUGGAUGCGGAUAAGCAGCCAUCUGAAAGGGAUGACUACUUCUUGGGGGCUAUCAACUGCUUCUUCAUCCUAUACUAUCUGCUGGAAAUGUUACUGAAAAUCUUAGCAAUGGGCUUGAAAAGAUACUUGUCAUACCCAAGCAAUAGAUUUGAUGGACUUCUGACUGUAAUUUUGCUGGUUUUGGAGAUUGCAACUUUUGCUGUGUACAAAUUUCCUCAUCCUGGUUGGAGACCCGAAUUCGUGGGCUUGUUAUCCCUGUGGGAUAUGGUGCGAUUGGUGAACAUGUUAAUUGUGUUCAGGUUCCUGCGGAUUAUUCCUAAUAUGAAGUUCAUGGCUUUGGUUGUUACUACGUUGCUGGAUCUGGUAAAAAACCUGAGGGCCUUUGCAGGAAUCCUUGUGGUUGUUUUCUAUACAUUUGCUUUAACCGGCAUAAUGCUAUUUAAAGGUGCUGUUGUUCCCUUGGGAAACAUCAGUGCUGUCAAUACGACAUAUGAUAACAGCACUCUGCAGUGUGGGACCUAUGAACAGUUGGAAUAUUGGCCGAACAACUUCGAUGACUCCCUCUUUGCUUUGGUGACCCUCUGGGAUGUAAUGGUGGUGAACAACUGGCAAGUCUUUUUGGAAGCGUUUUCAAGAUAUUCAAGUCCGUGGGCGAAGAUCUAUUUUGUAGCCUGGUGGUUGAUCUCCUCUGUCAUCUGGGUUAAUCUCUUCGUAGCUUUACUUCUAGAGAACUUUAUUCACAAGUGGGACCGUCGCUGUCAUCGAGAGCCUCUUUCGGAUAUUGAAUACCAGAGGACAGUUGAACUAAUGUUCAGAGAUGUUUUGGAAGAACCUACAGAGGAAGAGUUGAUGGAAAAACUGCACCAGCAUCCACACCUGCAGUUAUGUAGGUGA